AUGUCGCCCUCAUCUAGGCGUUGGUCCCCACCGCCAGAACCAGAGAAGCCACAAGUGCCGUACGAGAAGGGGCAUCGCUUUACAGCGUGCCGCGUGGUAGCGCCUCCGCCUUUCCUUGGACGAUAUGCGGAAGUUCCUACAGGCCUCUUUGCCGACUUCCUCAGCGAUGCCCGUUUCCCGAGCGAAGACUUUCUUCGGACCACGACUUUGGUCGAUUACUGCUUGUCAGCCUCUUCCAGGCCGCUGCCUUGCGAGUCAUUGAAAGAGACUGCGACUUUUGAGGUGCUUGAUGAACUCGCUGUGGGAGACGGUCUCGGCCGGGGCGGCGACUCGCAGGUCUUCACCUGCAUACGGCACAGCGACAAGGAAGAACUAGUCGCUAAAGUGUACGACCCCCUUUACUACCCCUUCGCGGACGACGAAGCAGAGCACGAUUUCGCUCUGGAAUCCGCGGCCUACGUCCAGCUAGACGAGAAACUCGGCGGCAGCCUAAUACCCAAGUUCUACGGAUCUUGGGCCCCCGACUUACCGCUGAAGCACCAAAACAGAUCCGUCUUCUUCACUCUCCUAGAAAAUAUUAGAGGCACGCCUCUAUCCGUACUCGAUCCCGACUUGUACACGCAAAAGGACCGUCUCAAUGUGCUUGCUCUGUCUAUGGAGGCAGAUCUCAAGCUGCGUUUCGAGGGGGUAGUACAUAACGACAUUGCUCCGCGUAAUAUUAUUUGCUCUGGGAAAGAUCUCCUGGCCGAGAAUUUACGCCUCGGAAUCAUAGACUUCAAUGUCGCCAUUGUCUCGCCCCUUCUAGGCGUUGACGCACCCUGCGAAUCGGAGUCAUUGCCCGAGUCACCCGUUGAAUGGUUUUGGGGGUCCAGGCCUGUUGGUAUGCGGGAAUGGGUGCCAGUUGAAUGGAAAGGGCAUGGUUGGCACCGGUGGUUAAAAGAGAGAUGGGGAGGUUCACUAAAGUAUAAACCCGUCCCAAAACAUUUUUAUGAAAAGGAGUAA